CUCCGCCCUCGUUUAAGCCCCCCGCCCCCCCCCGCCAUGCAGCGCCGCCCCAGCAGACGAAAUCAACUCGCCCAGCGCCCCUCGUCCGAGUCCUCCCACUCCGCCUGUACUUCACCGCUCCCGCACGCCACCACCCCAGAGACCCCGGCCCCCUCGCCUCCUCCCCCGCCCUCCCCCCAAAGAGGGACCCCCGCCGGAGGGACCCCCCAGCCCCCGCUAAGCAGUCGCUGGCUUCGGCUCACCUCUCCCAGGGUGAACCAGCACCCCAUCGGCCCCUUCCCCAGGGUUUUGUCCCCCGGCAGGGCCAAGCCUGCCGCCCUGUCCCCCUCGCCCCCUCCACCGCCCCCCCCUCCCCGCGCCCCCGCCGCCCCCCAGCCCAGCCAGGGCCCCUGGACCGCCCCCCUCGGGCGCCGGGCAGAAGUUCGUCAUGGUGGAGGUGCACCGGCCAACCAGCCCGAGCCUGACGUCAACGAGGUGCGGCACCUCCCUAGAGGCGCCCCCCUGUCCCAGCUGUCGGACAGCGGCCAGACCCUCAGCGAGGACAGCGGGGUGGACAUCGCUGAGUCAGGCCGCCUCAGCAAGGAAAGCAGCCCGCACCCCGCACGCACACGCCCCCAGGCUGACCCCCCGGGGGGGGACCCCCCCACCACACCGCCGGGGCUUCUGGAGCCCACCUCCACCCGGGUGAGGGUGGAGAAGAGUGCCAGCACGCUGGCAUCGCCAUCGAAGGGGGGGGCCAACACCCGCCAGCCCCUCCCCCGGAUCGUCACCAUACAGAGGGGCGGGUCGGCCCAUAACUGCGGCCAGCUGAAGGUGGGGCAGGUGAUCCUGGAGGUGAACGGGGUUUCCCUGAGGGGCCGCGAACACAGGGACGCUGCCCGCAUCAUCGCCGAGGCGUUCAAGAACAAGGAGCGCGACCACGUGGACUUCCUGGUGACCGAGUUUAACGUGGCCCUAUAACUGGGGGAGGACAGGGCAGGAGGAGAGGAGAGGAGGGGGACGGGGGAGGGCUGACAGAGGACUGUGGGAGACUCACACACUCUCACCUCUACGUGUGUCACUUCCUGCGGAACUGGAAGGAACCACGUCUCGGAAUCUCUGUCACCUGAUUGGCUCUGACUAGACAACGCCUCCGCAGAGUGGGCGGGGCUCGAGGAAACCUGCUUUUCAAAUUACAGUUCUUUUUUUUUUACAUGUAUAAAUGAACAAAUGUAGAUACAACUAUAUAUAUAUAUAUAUAUAUAUACGCUACAUAAAGAUAUUCUAUGAAUUAUAAAAGCUGAUAUCUUACACGCUCAACGUACAAGUAGAAUACUUUGAAGUGUAUACACGUCAGUGAGAUGUAAAAGUCCCUCUGCUUAAUCAGCUUCCUGCAGCUGCUGCCCAUCGAGGGGUCUGUCCGUGGCUCCUGAAGUGUGUCCAGGGCGGACCACA